AUGGCUAUGCAGUUUGAGCUUCUGGUCAUUCUUUUGCUGGGGCCAUUAGAUGCAAUGCUUGCAUCAGCACAAUCUAUGGCAAAGCCUAAUUGCGAAGCUCAAUGCGAAAACAUCGACAUUCCGUACUCUUUUGGAAUGGAAGUUGGUUGCUACCUGAAUGAGAGGUUCAUAAUACAUUGCAACUCCAAAAAUACUCUUUAUCUUUCCAUAAACACCAUCGAUCUAGAGGUGUUGAGAAUUUUUGUUGAUGAAGGCACCAUUCAGGUCAAUUUUCUGAUUUUCUAUUCGAGAAAUUGCGGAGGUAGGAAAAGCAAUCCAAUUAUUGCGAAUUUGGAAGGAACCCAUUUGCGGGCUCAAAAUGGAACAGAUUUGUUGAGGAAAUAA